UUAUUUUUUUGUUUUAAAAAUACCAACCCGCUGUCGUUUUAUUUAUUAUCACUGCUUUAAUUUAGCCGUUGUUAGCGUCCUAUUAAUGUGUGAAAGUAUCAUUAGUUAGCAGGUGUUACCUAGCUUGCUACCUGCAUUAGCUUGCUCACGGGUAGUUAACUCUCUUGUCAAUUCAUUUGGCUCUUGGGUCAAAGGUCUUGCACUUCCUGUAUCUAAUUUACGAACCCGUGAGGUGAAACCUGCUUCGUCGCUGGGUCACCAUCACCACAAUGUCUGGGAGUCCUGCUGUGGUCAUGCGGCUAGUGGCCUCUGCCCACUCUGUGGCUGAAAAGGCUGGGGCCAUUGUGAGGAAGGUCCUUCACAGUGGAGAACUUGGCAUUGUGGAAAAGACUGGAGCUAAUGAUCUGCAGACACUGGCAGACAGGCUGGCACAGCAGAGCAUUUGUGCGUCACUGUCCAGAUGUUUCCCCAAAAUCACCAUCAUUGGAGAAGAGGAGCUUCCAGCUGAGGAGAUAAAAGAAGAUCUUAUUGAGGGCGGCCACUCAGAGGAAAUCCUCCAGAAGACAUGUCCGGCAGAAUAUAGCGGGCUGAAAGAGGAGGAGCUAGUUGUGUGGGUUGAUCCCCUUGAUGGCACAAAGGAAUAUACUGAAGCGUUGAGGUGUCAUCAUCAUCAAACUGAGGCCCAGAUACCAAACAAAGAGUCGGAUACCUCUUGGCCUCACAGCACAGCUCUCUGGCUCCUGGAUAAUGUGACAGUGCUUAUUGGUAUUGCAUACAAAGGUAGAGCGAUUGCAGGUGUCAUCAACCAGCCUUUCUACAAUUACCAGCUUGGAGCAGGAGCAUCUUUAGGAAGAACCAUAUGGGGAAUGCUGGGAUUGGGCGCUUUUGGAUUUCAGCUGCAAGAAGUUCCGGGUGACAAACACAUCGUCACCACCACACGUUCCCAUAGCAACAAGCUGGUAACGGACUGUGUAAUCGCCAUGGAGCCUCAUGAAAUUAUAAAAGUGGGGGGUGCUGGGAACAAGAUAAUCCAGCUUGUUGAAGGAAAAGCUUCUGCUUAUGUCUUUGCCAGUCCAGGGUGCAAGAAGUGGGACACCUGUGCUCCUGAAGCCAUUUUGCAUGCUGUUGGAGGUAAAUUGACUGACAUGCAUGGCAAUGCAUACUGCUAUAAUGCUAAUGUAAAGCAUAUGAAUUCUGCUGGCGUUCUUGCUACACUGCGCAACCACGAGUACUACGUCAGCAGAGUACCACAGUCAGUGCUGCAAGCCCUCAAGUCAGAUUGAGGUCUGUCUCCAUCAAAAAUCACACUAAUGUCCUUCUGUGUCGCAGAUAUUUAGUAUUUAAUAUCAUCCAGAAAUGCAGAAAUUGUCAUAAAAU